AUGACUGCGCCGCACGCAGCCGCCGCCAAGUUCUACCAGGAGGACAUCGUCCGGCUCGUCGACCAGCCCGACGCGCUCGGCAUCGUCCUCCGAUGCUGGCACGACGCCGAGGACCUCCCCCCGCCGACGCACCACCCCGACCCGCUCAUGCGGCCCCUGCAGCGCGGCGAAGUCGGCGUGUCCUUCUUCCCCACCGCCGCCCGCGAGAUCCUCCCCGAGGCGCGCUGCGCGCUCGUCGACCGCACGUUCGUGUGCGGCGACCUCGCGAAGCGCCGCGUCGAGGACGUGCGCAGCGCGGUCGUCGUCGACGUGGACGUGCGCUUCCGCCUGCGCCAUGUCGUGAGCGGCGAGGAGGUGCGCGGGUGGAGGAGGCUGAGCGAGCUCGAGUGGGAGGUCGAUAUGGAGGUGGGGGAUUAUGUCGUUUGUGAUAAUUGGAUUGGGCAGAUUGCAGAGAUGUUCGACGAGGCGACCAUCGAGGUGUCGAAUCACCAGCUCAUCAAGCUGCCCGAGCUACGGUCGGGUCUGACAGUAGGCGACCGAAGCAAGGAGCUCCUGCAGCCGGUUAUGGCCGGCAUGCAGAACCUCCUGCAAUAUUUCAGGGGAGGCAGUAUGCCCCAGCCAAGUAAUGAAGACACCGUCGUGGAUCUCAAGCACACCGUCCUGGCCGUUACCUGGCUCGCCGUCAACCAGUCUCUCGACCCCGCCGAGAUCCAGAACAGCCAGCGGCCCCAGCGCUUCUGGUACGGCGCGGACCUCUCGCGGCUCACGCUCGUGCGCAGCCACAUCGACCAGAUGGUGCGCGUCGGCGACCGCCUGAACCUGCGCCCCGCGCCGGGCCUCGACCUCCCCGUCACGCGGCACGGCGGCGACCCGCCCGUCGAGGUGCGCGCGUUCGUCGUGUCGGACACGGACACGACCGUCACCGUGCUCUGGCAGGACGGCACGCUCGAAAAGUUCAAGUCGACGGAGCUGAUCCCGUACCUGAACGCGGACGAGUACGAUUGCUGGCCCGGCGACGCGGUGUUCCACAAGACGGAGGACGGCACGCGCGCGGCGAUCGUGCAGCGCGUGAACCCGGCCGAGCGCACGGCGGUCGUGCGCUACUUUGACGCGCCGCCCGCGGACGCGCGGGAGGAGCUCGUGUCCGUGCUCGAGCUCGACACGCGCGGGAGCAACGACUGGUCCGCGACGAUCCCGACGCCGCCGGACGGGCUCGGCGUGCACCGCGGGGACAUCGUCUUCAUCCACCGCGCGGGCACGACGAACGGCAUACCGAAGCCGCGCGUGCCGCGCAUCGGCGAGCUCGAGUCGUGGGUGCGCGAUAUGCCCGUGGAUAGCAGGGGCCUCGUGGAUGGGUGGAGGAGGGAGAUGGCGGUGAUCGGCGCGGAUAUUGCGCAGAAGCGCGGGACGCAUGGGUAUGAGGAGGGGAGUGUGCGGCGGCCCAGCAAGGACGACAGCUCUUUGAACUGGUUCGGUGAGGUGUCUGAUUUGCUCCUGGACGGAACCGUAAAGGUUCUACUACCCGACGAGUCCGAGGUCAUCCUGCCGCUCGACCGCCUGACGCGCUUGUACGAUGGGUUGGAACAGCUCGAAGACAUGAUGGCCGACGAGGCGUCCGAGUUUGGGGAGGGAAGCGAGGGCGAGACCGACGAAUACUGGGCGCAGGACGAGAACGGCGUCUGGCGGCCUGCGCAUGACAUCGAUGAUAAAGACGAGUGGGAGGAAGCGGAUGAGGAUGAAGACGAGCCGGAGGAUGCUAUGGACGUGGAUGGGUCUGACUAUGAGGAGACAGAGCCUGUCAUGGAUAUCAGCCCGCCUCUGAUGGACUACACUACAGAGUCGGUGACGCCUCGCCCUUCUGGCGAACAAGCCCUGUCGUCAGAGUCGGCCAUGGAAAAGUCUACUGCGCCGGACGUGCCUGAAGACAUCGCGGCCGACGGUGAAGAGAGCGGCGAACAACCCGCGGAGGAGGACAGAGACGCAAACUGGAAGAAGUUCGAGCUGUUACCGACGACACCGGUGGACCACGCGUUCUAUGCCUCCCCUCCUGCACAACCCUCCAGGAAUUUCCUCGGUCGUCUAACGAAAGAGUACCGGGUGCUUUCGAGCAGCUUACCUGACUCGAUCAUUGUCCGUGCAUACGAGGACCGCACGGAUUUACUACGAUCCUUGAUUAUUGGGCCGGAGAACACUCCUUACGAGGAUGCUCCGUUUGUGAUCGACUGGAUGCUAGACUCGAAUUUCCCAAAUACACCGCCUAUAGCACACUUCCACAGCUGGACGAACGGCAAUGGUAGAGUGAACCCCAACCUGUAUGAAGAGGGCAAAGUAUGCUUGUCUAUCCUUGGCACUUGGGCUGGUGACAAGAACGAAGUAUGGAAUCCUGCCCGAUCGUCGCUCUUGCAAGUCUUGGUGUCAAUACAGGCCCUGGUGCUUGUCAAAGAACCCUGGUUUUGCGAACCUGCAUACGAGAAGUUACGAGGCACUGAGGAGGGCAUGGUCAACAGCCGAUUAUACAGCGAGAAAGCAUAUGUGCUAUCUCGAGGUUUCGUGCGACGUGCUCUAGAGAUCCUUCCUGGAUCAAUAGAGUCGGAGAUACGCUGGAUGUAUUAUACGAAUGGCAAGCUGGAGAAGGUCCUCCGGGAUGCCAACGCCCUCAUCGAGAAGAGCAAGACGAAGUUAGAGGAUAGUUCGCAAGAUCUAGCAGUGCCCCGGUUAACAUCUGGUGGUAUCAUCACUUUGGAGCGGACAUUGACUAAAUUAAAGGCUCUAUUGGAUUCACAUCACGCUUCACUGUAG